AUGACCAUGCUGUUUGCGGUUGUCUCCUUCCUCAUCUUUGGCGCCUUUUUCCGCAACCCGCUCCCGCUAUACGGCCGUAACAUUCCGGCGACGCUUGAGACGGUGCUUCUUCCAAGGCGUGAGCUGGAGGCUGCUGUGGUGGCCACCGGUGAUGGAUCGGCCGGAGCGAGGCCAAGCGAGCCCUUUGCCAAGUUUCGCAUCGCCAACAAGCGCGGGUUCGGCGUCAAAGACGCGGUCAUCACGGCAUCGAUUGCGUCGUUUAGUGUCCCUCCACUUGUGGCGGGGACAGUCCGAUGCAAUCCGCUGGCGGCCACGCUGCUGGUGCAGCAGUACGCGUAUCUCUGUGAUGCCCUGCUCGACGGCACCGCCACCACCGAUGCCAACGGCGUGGCCGUCUUUGACGCCACCCGCUUUGCGCCCGGCACGCAGCCAGGCAAGUACAACGUGACCUUUGUCAGCGGGCCGUUCUCGACCUCGGUCGAAGUCACUGUCACCUCGCCGGUCGCUUAUCUCGACUUUACUGUCCCGCCGCUCGCCUCGCUCAGCGACUUUACUGGCGUGUUUAUCGGCGACUCGGCGUCGAUUCCGUUCUAUGUCACUCCGUACGACGCCGAGGGCAAUCCGCUCGCCGGCCGCAUUGUACGGCUUGUCUCGCGCUCGAUCGACGGCUCGAUUGUUAUUCCCGUCGACGAGUACCACCCAACCCGUGCCGACAAGGUCGUCUACCUCCCGCUCCCGCAGUCGGACAAGGUUAUUCUCCUCGAGAACAACGUGGCGACAACCAACGCCACCGGCGCCGCCGCCUUUGAAGCCCUCACCGUCGUGGCUGCCUCGCAUCCGGUCGCCUAUCUCACUUUUAUCUGCGACGGCGCCGCCCUCGACCUCUUUGCCGACGCCUUCCGCCCGCCGAUUGUGUUCACCGACGCCGAUGCCAUCACCAUUGUCGAGCAGCCGUCGGCAACCGUUGUUGAGGGCCAGCCACUGGCGGUCCAGCCGCGGCUGAGGGUGACCAACGCCGCCGGGGCCGGCCUCGCCGGACGAACAGCCUUUGCGCUCAUCGCCCGCCGCGACGGCGUGCCCGAGCCCGAGUUUCUGCAGUACGUCAAUCCGCUCGAAGACCGCAAGCAGCUGACCAACCCCAUUUCGGGCAAGACUGACGCCGACGGCUUUGUCACCUUUGCCAAUCUCGGCUUUGGCAUCGACGGCCCCGCCGGCGUCUACACCCUCGUCUUUGUCGUCGACGGACUCGGCUCAGAAGUGAGCCAGGACAUUACGGUGACGACGACUGUUGCCACAGUCUCGGUCUCAUACUUUCCGGUCCUCCCCAUUUCAGUCCCGUACGAGGAGGUCAACUUUCCGGUUGUCGCCAUCUCGGACGCCAAUGGCCGGCCGGUUCCCGGCAAGACGCCCAAGCUCAUCCCCAACCCGCGCGCACGCGGCCAGUCGCACGCUCAGCCUUCACUCGCCAACGGGCUCGCCUUCUUUGACCUGCUUACCGUCACCGCCGUCGACUUUGACUCGACGUACGGCGUCGACCCCAUUCCGUUCCCGCCGACCCAUCUCACCUUUGUUGUCGACGUCGAUGGCGUCCGCACCUCGCUCAACGUCUCCUUUGUCCCGGCGAGUGAUCAGUACGUCGCGCCAGUGGCGACUUGGAUCGAGACCGUCACCCCGCCGCCAGCGCUCAUUCUUCCCACCGACGUCCUCAACGUCUCGCUCACGCUCCUCAAUGCGUUCAUGGAUCCGAUUCCGCUCACUCCGUCCAUUCUCUUCUCCAACCCACUCAUUCCCUCGGGCAUCUUCUUCCAGACCGCGGUCCGGCUCGUUAACUCGGCGACGUUUGUCAGCACAUAUGAGCUUAUUCCCGCCACCGCCCAGGUCGACUACUACAACACAACGCUUGUGGACGAGCCGUGGCGCGCGACUGCCUUUCCAUACCUCUUUGGUGUCAAUGGGUACACUGGCUCGUUCACCUACCAGAUCUCACUCGCGCCCGGCGGGAGUGCCAACGCCGGCCGGUCCUCGCCGGUUGCCUCGAACCUCUUCGAGGCUGUGCUUUACAACCCGAUUUCGACCUAUCUUUCUUCGGUCCAAGCCGAUCUCUCGGUUAUCGUCCGCGACGACGCCAACGCACUCGUCCCCAACUCUUACGUCCAGCUCAACGUUCUGCCGUACACCUCGGUCGACGUCACCUUUCUCUCGCUCCUCGGUGAAGUGCCGCUGACGGGCGUGGUCUCAUCGGCCGUCGCAGGCUUCACCAACGCCUCGGGCGUGUGCGCGUUUGGCGCGCCGACGUUUUUGCCCAACGUUGUCGGCCCGGUCGACGUCUUUUUCUACGCCGGCGGCAAGCUCCUCACCGGGCUGGUCAAGGUCAACGUUCCGCGGGUGGUAGCCAACAUCACCAUUGUCACGCCAGCAGUGUACUUUGAUGCCACGGCGCUCGACAGUGCCAACGCCGACGUCAUGCCGUUCUUUGUUCCGUUUACCACCCAGCCGCAGGUCCGCCUCCUCGACGCUGCCGGUGACCCUGUGGUCGGCGCGCGCGCGCUCAUUGCCGUCGCUCAGGAUCCGACGACCUACAGCUACUUUGAACAGUCGGACGAGGCAUUUGUCGGACGGGUGACCGUAGCGUCUGGAGAGGAAGCCAAGGUUGCCUCGAUGUUUUCUCUGCCUUCCGACGCCACCGGCCUUGCUACUUUUGAAGACAUCGGGGUGUGGUACGCGGUCGGCGCCGACGGCUCUCCGCUCAAAACGCCAGCGACGCUCCGUCUGCGGUACUUUUCCGACGGUGGCGCCGGCAUCGAUGGUGGGCCGAUUCACGACGUGGGGACGCCCAACACGGUCCGAGUUCUCGAUACUGUCACCAUUGCCAUUGUGCAGCAGCCGUCGUCGGUCGCCUCGCUUGGCGUUCCGUUUGCAAAGCCGAUCACCCUCUCGCUCACCACGGCCUCGGGUGUGGUGCCGGAUGUAACGUAUGCCACGGUCUCGGUGGUGUCCGGCCCUGUAGUGACCAACGCCGACGGCAGCAACACGUCGCUGGCGGCAUCGGCGCGGAUUUCCCAGUCGCUGUGGCCGUUCCAGGCUCGAUCCAAGUUUGUGGUCGAUACCAAGUUCGAGCGCGGCGCCGCCGGGCGGUACGAGCUCGCGGUCUCGUUCCCCGGUGCGCCAUCGGUUGUGCUCGAGCCGAUCGAGCUGACGUCGCGGGUCUCGUCGCUCCGGCUGGUGCGCCAACCGCCACUGGUUGUUCCAGUUGGCGGCCUCUUUCGCAUCUCGGUGCGGGCGUCGAUCAAGAGCGGCGCAGUGCUUGGCGGAGUGGUUGUCCAGGCGCGGCUCAUCCGCGGAACUACGAGCGUGGCCAAGGCCAUCCGGCUCGACCAGAUCGGACGCAACCGACUCGACGCGUCGCGCGUUUCCAACGCCACCGAUACCAACGGCAUUGCCGACCUCUCGCUCACGGUCGAGUCUGCCGAGCCCGGUCUCUUUACCCUCGUCAUCACCACCACCGACGGCCUCGUCGCCUCGCUGCCGUCGCGGCCGUUUCUUGUCACCAACAAUGUCAAGAAAGUGACAUUGCUCCAGCAGCCGACUGGCCUCGCCAAGCCGCUCAUUCCGACGCGGACCCUCAACGGGCGGUCCGACACGGUUCUCAUCACGUCCGAGGGUGACCAAGGCGUGUCGACAAUGCAACAGCCGGUUGUUCGGGUGACUGGCGACCUCGGCGACGCCAAGAACGUCCCGCUCCCCGGCGUCGCCAUCGAGGCCGUUGUCGUCCAGUCGUCGACCACAGACGGAAGUCUCUCCGGGACGACCAUCACCGCGCAGGAUGUGUCGCGGCCGGAGCUGCUCUGGAGCCGCGGAACGGCGGUGAGCGACGCCAAUGGCGUGGCGCGGUUCUCGGACCUGCGGUUCACUUCGGGUGCAACCGGCGCGUACCGGCUCAUUUUCCGCGGGCGCGGCAUUGAGUCUGUGGCGUCGGCGCCGUUCCUGGUCACCAACGUCCUGGUUCCUGACGCGGAGCGGCUCUCAUCGUUCCGAGCAUUUGUCUUUGUUGUCCUCAUCCUCAUGCUGCCGAUGCUGUAUGGCAACAUCAUGGGCAACUCGCGGUACGCCAUUGUGGGUGCGGACGCGUUCGAGGUCACGCUCAACGUGGUGACGAUUGUGGCGCUGCUCGCGGUGCUAGUCUGGUUCGUGGUGGUUCUCGUCGGCACCUUCCGUGGCGCGGCCACGUUUGUGGAAAAGCGCGAGGUUCUCGCCUUCGAGACCGUCAAGCGGCUGCUCUCGCCGACCCAUGCGAAUCAGUACUGGGAGGACAAGCUGCGGGAGGCUGCCGGGUCGCGGAUUCGGCGGUGGCGGAUUGCGCUCGCUGACAAGCUCCCGAGUGUGCUGGCCGACAAGAUCGACCCCGGCCCGCUCGACGAUGGAAGCGGCAACCCGUUUGAGCCGUUUGAGACCAAGGCUGACUUUGUCUACCCGCAGCGGCUCGUCAUUGCCGCGUUUGUGGCGGGCUUUUUUGUGGCAAUCAUGACGCUCGGCGCGGUUGUCGCAGUCCUCUGGGUCCGGUACUACGCCGAUCUUGCGUUCCAACAGCUGCUCAAGGUCGAGCUUCUCUUGGAGCGGCAGCAGCAGGCACUGCAGGCUACGGCUGCGGCGUCUGGGCUCGAUACGUCUGCAGGCGAUCUCAAGGUGGCGCUCUCGGCAUCGUCGUCACUCUCGCACUACUUGGUGGGCCUAGUCUCGUCGCCGGUCUUCACCGAGCUCCGCAAAGCGCUUCUCGACGCCGGUGCGGUGGCGGUGGUAGGCACGCUCAUCUUUGUGGGCGUCAUGUGGUAUCUGCUCCUUGUCAACUACCGCAAGAACGUGUUUCGGCUCCGGCGCGGGCUGGUGGACAAGGUAUUGUACAAGCAGAGCAAGUACAAGGCGCUCCGCGCGCCGGCGUACAUCGGCAUGCAGACGGUGCACACACUUGCCGGCUACGCGACAACCUUCCUCAUUCUGUGGAUUCUUGUGCAAAAGUUUAUCAUUGCCAGGUACGUGGUCUCGAGCGACCACCCGUUCCUCCUCCCGAACCCACGGUGGUGGUCGCUCUAUGAGCUCGUCUAUACCUUUCUCAACAUUGUCAACGGCGUCUCGCUCACGAUUGUGCGGUUCUCGGGCGCGCUCGGCGCGCUCGUCUUUACCUUUUUGCGAAUGGACUACCCGGUGGUCAACAAGACCCGCGAGCACGCCGACCCAGGCUUCCACGCCUACGUGGCGAUGCUCCUCCUCGAUCACGUCCACAACAACCCUGUGGUGGUCGUCGCCUCGCAGAUCUUCAUCCAGUCGCUGCUGUACGGGCGGGCGCGCGACGGCGCCGACAUUGUACCGUACCGGCUGCGGAUCGACGACCCGGACUCGGGCUUUCCGUCGCCUCCCAAGCCGCGGCUCUCGCCGACGGCGCGGCGAGCCCGGCUCCGGUGGGCACUCGCCGUCACCCUCAUCAACAAUCCGUCGUUGAGGGCAGAGCGCUGGUUUGCACUCGAGGCCGCCGCUGCCGCCCGCGCCGUCCUCCGCGCUCCAGGCCUGGUCGUCACCAGCCACACAACACUCGACGACGAGAUGUUUGUGGGCGCGGUGGCUGCCGGCAACACCGAUGGUCAGAGGGCAGCGCCGAUCGGCGCCAGCAGGGUCGUCUCGACGGCGCCUGCACUCGACGGCGGCUCAAACUCGGCCGACGGCGUUGAGCUCGAGAUGUUUCCGGGUGUGACGGCGGUGUCUGUUGCGCCUGCGCCUUCGCAUCACCCCGCCCAUGCGUUGUCCGAGAACUCGUCCUCCGAGCACUCGAGCACUCCAGAGUAAACACAUCAUCCUAACCCUGCAA